AUGGCUUCCCACAAAUCAGUAACUAAUACUUCUCAUUCUAGUAAUAUAACAGAUAAAGUAAAAGAGUCCACGUGCUCCACAGGUCCACAUGUAAAUUCCUCCAGACCAAACUACAGACGUGCAAAAAUGAAUACCGUUAUGCUUGUUAUGAACGUCGUUGCGCUGAUCUUUGCAUUCUGGCAGCCCCCCUUCUCCUAUGACAUGAGUCCUCCCUCCGAUGCAUGCAAACGAAGGGAAAAAAGAGCUGAACGUAUUCUGGAAGCACAGCGCUUGACUCCCAUGGAAGAAACCGGACUACUAUUUGCAGAGGGCGAUGAAGAUAUGUACAAUUAUAUAACCCUCUUUUCAAUAUACCCAACGCAUAACGUAGAUCAAGGAGAAGCACCACAAGAAACAGAACAAACAGAACAACAGAACAACACAAACAACACAGAUUUCAAUGAGCUCUAUACCAGAGUCAGUAACAACUGGAAUCAGACAGUGCAAAAUAUGGUUAACCAAUAUGUCGCCUACACAGAUGGAUACUUCAUGGAUGUCACCUGGAGAGAUGAAAUGUGGAACCGAGGCUGGUACGUAUACUUAGAAAGCAUACAUGCGGAUUUAAAUAGAUUCUUAAAUGACGAAACUCUUUCCCUUGAGGCUAGGGAAUGUGUAUCUCAGGAUUUACUCUACUGGGCCAAUGAUGAUUUUGGGUGGUUCUUAAAUUUAGUGAAGGAAGAAUGGGACAUAGAGUUGAUGAAACGAUCAGAGCUUCUUAUCACGGAAGUGUGA